CCCUCUUUACCGGCCGGUCGAUUUUCUGAUAAAUUUACAUUCCGUGGUUAACCACGUUGUUUCCUGCACGAGAUCCAAUGUUUUUCCGGAGAAUAAAACGCACUUGUUGUAGAAGUACAUAUUAGUGCAAGGCUCUCGCGUUUAGUUUCUGUAUGUGUUUACGUCUGAACCUGUUUGACAAUUUCAAUGCGUUCAUAUCAUCACCCAACCUGGGGAGUCCCUAGAACCUCCAACGACCAUAGCACGAGUGAUUCUCAGUGAUUUAACAACAGUCAAAGCAUCUACGGUCUACGGUACGACUCGCAAAGCCCGUGUAUAAAACAUGCCUCGUGUGGUCGAAAAUCAGCUGGGGAAGUACAACACAGAUCCUCUGUUUAAACAAUUGCGGGCCCAGUCAGAGAUUAGGUACACUGGUUACUGUAAUUGCUCUCAGGAAGAAAGACGAAUACGUUUUUGUACAGAUUGCUACGAAGGAAACACUAAAAUAGGAUUUCUACGCAAUGGUGUAAACUUACCCUUGUGUUUUCCGAAAGCUCCAGACUCGCAGUAUACCACUGCAGAGUACGUUGACUUCAUCCGUGAGCCAGGAAAGGUAUUUCUGUUGGCGCCGCUCAUUUUCAAUGGCGUGUGUGUGAAAUUUUACGGCUGGUUGGACGUGGAAGCAUUGCGCGGCUUUGGAUGUUUGGAGUUUGACGAAAAAUCCGCACAGAUUGAAGACGAGUUUUUACGAGAAACGUUGAAACGAAAAUACGGAAGUCUUGAGGCAGCAUCUGCCAUCAAGGCUUUCGAUGGCCUAUAUUUUUCACCUUCUGAGGUUCCACCUCGCAGCAGUUGCAUUUAUGAUUGUCGUAGAGUGACAAAUAACAGAUAUAGUGUUUAAAGUAUAUCAGUUGUACCUCCCGUGAAAAAUCCAUUUUCCCAGAAAUAUGUAGUGGAAAAUGGAGAUUGUAUUAUAGUCGUAUACGUUAAGGAUAGCGUCUCUUGACAACUGAAAGAUGAAAAGAUUAUUGGCCUACUGCACUGUCUCAUUUAUUGGCCUACUGCACUGUCUCAUUUCUCAAGAUUAACAAAGACCGCUCUCAUUUAGGUCAAGUUAAUUAACUCGUAUCUCCAUAUGGUGGAUUGAUCCAAGAUAAAAUUUGAGGAGUGCUUUUAUCACAAUACGAAUAUUUUGUUACAUGCACUUAUUAGAAGGAUGUAUUUUUUC